AUGACCAACGGGAGCAAGAGUGACAGCUCGGCAACGAGCGAGGGGCCCGACGAGGCCUGGGCAGAGCUCAAGGCGCAGACAGAGGCGAUCGUGUACGCAAUCCAGAGCGUGCUGUCGGGCGUGCGGAGCCCAACGCCGUCGCCGACACUGAACGAGAACUUGACGCAGAUCAUGACGAUCGUGUCAAGCAUUGUCGCCGUCUGCAAGGACAACUUCCCGCCUGGCGCACAAACACAGGGCGAGGAGAUCCUGUGCGAGCUCGGCGAGCACGCGAACAAGCUGAGUGAGGUUCAGGCGCAGACGGAAGUCUCGAAGGAGGCGCGCCAAGUGAUAGCGAAGUCGAGCUUCGCGGUCGCGAACGCGAUGAAGGGCCUCAUAAAGCUGUAA